AUGGAGAAGUCAUGGGUUUGGCUUCCAAGGACUAGUCUUGAGUAUGAGGAAGGAGCUACAAAGUUUGUUUAUGGGUCAGCUAGUAGGUUGGGGGAUCCUGCAAACAUUUUGUGUCCAUGUACUGAUUUCCGUAAUCUCUGCCAUCUGGUGGAUUCACUAACUUGGGCUCAGGUCAAUGAUAAAUGGCCACUGUUUGCUGCUGAUCCGAGAAAUCUGAGAUUUGGUCUGUCUACUGAUGGGAUGAACCCUUUCUCGCUUCAAACCACCAAGUAUACUACAUGGCCGGUAUUGCUUGUGAACUACAACAUGUCACCUACACUGUGUAUGAAGGCCGAGAAUGUAAUGCUCAGUAUGUUGAUACUUGGAUCAUCUGCACCGAGUAACAACAUCGACGUGUACCUUCAACCAUUGAUAGAAGAUCUACAGGAUUUGUGGAAUGAAGGUCUUGAUGUUUACGACGCAUUCUCAAAGCAAGCUUUCAACCUUAGAGCUAUUUUACUAUGGACUAUCAGUGACUAUCCUGUGUUGGGGACAUUGGCAGGUUGUAAAGUUAAAGGUAAACAAGCAUGUAAUGUUUGUGGGAAGGAUACUCCUUUUAGGUGGCUUCAGUUUAGUAGAAAACAUGUCUACUUGGGGAAUAGGAUAAGACUCAGACCUGGACAUCCGUACAGACGCAGAAGGGGUUGGUUUGACAACACAGUUGAAGAAAGGAAUGCACGUAGAAUUCAAACAGGGGUUGAGAUAUUUGACCAAUUGAAAGACUUUAGGAAUUCCUUUGGUAAAGCUUUAGAUAGGAACAGGCCUGAUGUGAUUGAAGAUGAUGAACUUUCAGAAGAUGAAUAUGAUGAAGACAGUCAUCUAUGGAGGUGGAAGAAGCGGUCUAUUUUCUUCGAGCUACCUUACUGGAAGUAUAUGCCUGUGCGACACAACAUCGACGUAAUGCAUGUUGAGAAGAACGUGUCUGAUGCCAUAAUGUCCCUUCUCAUGCACAGUGCUAAAUCAAAAGAUGGAUUAAAGGCAAGACAAGAUUUUCAAGAUAUGGGUAUUCGGGCAUCAUUACACGCACAAGUACGUGGGAAGAGAAACUACUUACCACCUGCUUCAUAUUGGCUGUCAAAGGAAGAAAAAAAGAAAUUCUGCAAGAGAUUGUCUGAGUUCAGAGGACCAGAUGGCUACUGUGCGAAUAUAGCCAACUGUGUUUCAGUUGAUCCUCCUACAAUUGGUGGGUUGAAGUCUCAUGAUCACCAACUGCGUGUAAUAGACCCGGAGAAGCUUAUAUCAUUGGAGGCUGAGGUUGUGGAGACAUUGUGCCAAUUGGAGAGGUUAUUUCCUCCUUCCAUGUUUGAUAUCAUGUUCCACCUUCCUGUUCAUCUAGCAAGGGAGACACGUUUGGGUUGGCCGGUCCAUUUUAGAUGGAUGUAUCCCUUUGAGAGGUACAUGAAAACACUCAAGGCAUAUGUUAAAAACUAUGCUAGGCCAGAAGCUUGUAUGGCUGAGGGAUACAUGGAAGGAGAAUGCAUUGCCUUCUGUUUGGAGUUUUUAAAGUCAUUUGUACCAGUUCUUCAACCUGCAAACCGUAAUGCAGAUCUUGAACCAGAAGAGCACAUCCUUGAAGGUCGUCCUAUUAACAAGGCUAAACGAGUUGUACUGACAGAUAAAGAGCAGGAGAUAGCUCAUAGAUAUGUUCUCAUGAACACAGAAAUGUUUACUCCGUAUGUUGAGUAA